GUGGCAGUUUAGUACAGUGCCAUUUGGCAGACGUUCCGGGACGGAAAUUGUGGUCGUAAACAAGAGAGGAAAAAGGUCGCAUAGUUUGGUCCGAUUUCGCCCAGCUGCUGAGCGGCGGUGGCGGCCUUGACCUACGGGACACUAAAACCAGCUUGGAGAGGAUAGCAAAAUGGCCCCAACGAAUUCACAGCCGGACGAGGUGAAGUCGGCCAACGAGUGGUUCCGGGAGAUUAAGCAGAGUGAAAAAAGUCCAAUCCGUUUGUCGGACAUCGACAACUUGCUGCAGGAGAGCAUCUUCGAGUCGUCGGACGGCGCCAAACUGGUAGAGUAUCUGAAGAAGAAGCGUGGCGGUGGCCGAGUACGGCUGCAGAACAUAUUCCAGCAGGUCCCGGUGCAACGGGCCCAGUUCAACUUUAAUCUCGACUCGUCCGAACCGACGCCGCUGCCAGAGUCCCCACAACCGACCACGUCCAACGAGGACAUCGUCACCGAGGUCAUCGACAACGGGGACGUUCAGGAAGUGGUGGUGGAUCCGGCUGUCGAGGAGAACGGAUCGGGGGUUACCCCGCGCGUCCCGAUCGUAAUCGUGAACGAUCUCAACACGGCCAAGAAGGCAACGGUCAAGCAAAUCGUGCUGAAAUCGCCCGGGCCGAUGAACACACUGAGCCGGCAGUUGCUGAUCAACCAGUACCAGCGCACGAAUGCGGCCAAGUGUGAGCUGUUGAAGCAGCUGGCGUCCAGUACGCCGAAACCGGAAUCGAACGGGUCGAUGGGGCGCAUGUCGACGUUCACCACUUCGAUUUCGCCCAUUACGGAGGGGGAUCGUUCACCGUUGACGCCGCUGGAGGUGAUUCCUUCUUCGCAGCCGAUGCCGAUUCCGGCGCCGAUGCAUGUCAUGGAGAUUGUGAUUCCGCCGGCGGCUUCCCAGGAGGUGUUGGUGCCGUGUUCGCAGCCUGUUUUGGCCCCCUGCUCGCAAGCAGUGCCGGACGCGACGCCGAAGAAGGUUGUGGUGCUGAAGACGGUGGUGGAGCAGGAGGAGAUGGUCAUUCCGGAGACGCCGAGCCCGGUGCAGGUGCAGACGGAAUCGCCGAAAGCUCCUCCGAAUCCGAAUCACAUGCAGCCGAGAAGGUUGAGUACUACGUUUAAGGCGAUGGAGAACGUAGAGGAGGUUUCGUACGUCAAUGGUCACAUUACGUCGGAUGAGAGUGAGGAGGAGGAGGAUGAUGGGAAGGGUGAUAGUGGAUGUAAUAGUGUGUUGUUGAAGAGUAUCUUGAAGGACACGAGCAUGGGAAGGAGUCGACACUCGAUGAGGGUGUCAUUUUCGAAGCAGUUGGUGCAGCAGAGGGAGAUUUCGCCGGCGCCGGAUAUUCCGGAAGCGGACGAUUACAAUGAUAGCAACAGCUCGGAAGAUAGUGAUUUGAGUGAAAGUGAAGAUGGGGAGGACAAUGAUUUCCAGGUGGUGGAUGAAGUGUACACUGAUGAUGAUGAUACUGAGGAUGCGGCGAAUCUUGAUCAUUACGAAGAGCUCAAGAGUCGGAUCUGUGAGUUAAACAACAGCCACAACGGUCGUCGCUCGGUGUCUCCGUUGAUUGAUGUGGUCAAGGAGACGCCGGUGCAGUGGUUUGAGACGACCACGCCAACCAAGCGCAGGGAUCAACAGGCCGAGGAAGAGCAGCAGUUCCCACCUCCCACGACGGCCAAGAAGGACAACAAAACGAACCUUAAUCUGGUGGACAUCAUAACCGACUGGGAUGACGAAGAAGACGAAGAGGAAGCUGACCACGGAGCAGGUAAUCCGGAGGUCGAACCUUCGCAGGAGUUUGCACCUGAGCCACGAGCGUCGCUCAACUCCAACCACCACGAUACCAAUCUGGACACGAUGGACAUCAGCUCCAGCAAUCUGGAGGAUUCGGUUGAGCGACUCGUCGAACUUCCUCCGGCUCCAAACGCCCUCAUCGAAGAGGAAGGCGUACUUCCGGAGGAGCACAUCUACCCGGCAGCCGUUGACGAGCAAAUGCCGAUCACCACCGAAGAACUGCUCGAGGUACUCUCCGGUACAGAACCUGAAGAGGAGUCGCUACCCGAACCGCGCCCCAAAACCCCUGAACCCGUCGAAGAGCAACCGGUGGACCUCCCACCACCACCAACAACCCCAGCAGAAGAACCCCAGUCCCCGGAACGUGUCAUCACACCUCCCGUCCAGUUCACCGCCUCCGCCAAGCGACGCUUCAUCCAGAAAAACGAGGACGACCUCAUCUCUCGAAUCCAAAGCGACCUACCCCUGUCGCAAGCGUCCUCCGCCGCCGAAGCGGACACCAGCACACGCUCCGUCGAAGAACCGCUCAAAUCGUUCGAAAAGGUGUCCGAGACGCUGGUCGAAAUCGCCCAGUCGUUCCGCGAUCAACCUCCUGCCACCCAGCCCCCCGCCCCCAUCGACGACACGUCCCGCAAGCUCGUGCAACCGCCCAAGCGGGGCGGCAAAAAAAGCAACGUCGAUCCGGUGACGGCGUCCUACUUUGAGGCGAUCGAGAAGACGUUUGCCAAGCCGAAGGCACCGCCGCCACCACAGCAGAGCACGAAGACGUCGUCGACGCAGCCCAAAAAGACCGAGCAGCAGAAGCGAAAGCUGUACGACGCGACGCUGUCGGAGGUGACGGAGGAUGACGAGUCGAUGAAGGGGGUGGCGGCGAAGGCGCCGCAAGCGGCGGUCAAGGUCGUCGAAGCGGCGCCGAAGGCGGUUCCGAAGGUACGCGACUUUAAGAUUGUCGUCGAGAUGCUGCGGGUUGAGGAUUAUCUUCCGAAGAAGAAGGUGGAUGUUCCGAGUGUGGCUAAGGAGUUGGAAUCGGAGGGAGUUGUUGCGGAACCAGCGGUUGUUCAGAAAGCUCCCGCGGCGAGGGGACGUCGUGCAAGCAGAGAUAAACAGCCGCCGGCGGUGGUGGUGGCGGCGAAGCUGAACGAUUCGGGCAAGAGGCCAAGGGGUCGUCCGAAGAAGGUGCGAACGGAGUCGGUUGGAGAGCAACCAGCGGAGGACCGUCCCGCUGAGAAGGGUGUCGUCGUGGAAGAACCAACGCAGGAGGAGGUCAGCAGCAAAAAGAAGCCCAAGUUGAGGCCAAAUCUUGGUGGAGAUGCUCCGGAGCAGCGUCCGGAUGAAGGCUUGCCAAGCGGUGAUUUGGCGGUGAAGGAGGUCGACAAGGUUACGGAUAAGGCCCCGGUUGUUGACAAGAAGAACAAAAAGACGAAGUCGAAGCCUAAUCUUGUCGAAGAUGCUCCAGAGCAGCGUCCGGAUGAAGGCUUGCCAAACGGGGAUUUGGCGGUGGAGGAGGCCGACAAGGUUACGGAUAAGGACCCGGUUGCAGACAAGAAGAACAAAAAGACGAAGUCGAAGCCAAAACUUGUCGGAGAUGCUCCGGAGCAGCAUCCGGAUGAAGGCUUGUCAAACGGUGAUUUGGCGGUGGAGCAGCUUGGAAGUCGCGAAGAAAAGGACCCGGUUGUAGACAAGAAGAAAAAGAAGACAAAGUUGAAGCCAAAUCUUGGUGGAGAUGCUCCGGAACAUCGUCCGGAUGAAGACUUACCAGACGGUGAUUUGGCGGUGAAGGAGGUCGACACGGUUAAGGAUAAGGACCCGGUUGUUGACAAGAAGAAGAAGACCAAGUCGAAGCCAAAUCAACGCGAAGAGGAGCAGCGUCCGGAUGAAGGUCCGCCAAGCGGAAGUUUGGUGGAGGCUCAAGAACCCCCGAAGGACAAGCCUCAGGAGAAGAAGAAGAAGCCGAAACCAAAACUCGUCGAAGAUUCUCAGCAGCAACGUUUGGACGAGAGUUCGCCCAACGGAACGCCGAUGGAGGUUGAGGAGCAAGAAGCGCACAAAGUCGAAAAGAUCGUAGAAAAGAAGAAGCGGUCGAAGCCAACUCAACCUGAAGCGGUUGAAAGUCUGCCGGCGGCGGUCAACGGAGAAUCCGUGACUGAUGUCGCCGAAAAAGAAGUCCGCAAGGACAAGCCUCAAGUCCAGAAGAAGCAGAAGGUGAAGCCAACUCAACGCGACGCGGAUGCCAACGUGGAUUCGGUGACGAAUGAGGUCGAGCAGGACGACACCCGUAAGGACGAGCCUCAAGCGCAGAAGAAGAAGGCGAAGCCAGCUCAACGCGAAGCGGAUGCCAACGUGGAUUCGGCGGUGAAUGUGGUUGGAGAAGAAUCGGUUGAAAAGGACAAACCUGUUGCGCAGAAGAAGAAGAAGUUGAAGCCAACUCAACCCGAAGCGGACGAAAGCUUGCUGGAUGCCAACGUAGAUGCGGUGACGAAGGAGGUCGACAAGCCUGAAGUGCAGCCGAAGCAGGUGGAGCCAACUCAACGCGAAGCGGUUGAAAGUCUGCCGACGGCGGUCAACGGAAAAUCGGUGACUGACGAGGCCGAGAAAGAAGUCCGCAAGGACAAGCCUCAAGUGCAGAAGAAGAAGGUGAAGGCAACUCCACGCGACGCGGAUGCCAACGUGGAAUCGGUGACGAACGUAGUCCAACAGGACGACACCCGUAAAGACGAUCCUCAAGCGCAGAAGAAGCAGUUGGAGGCCGAAUCUACGCCGGUUGUCAACGGAGAAUUGGUGGCUGAUGUUGCCGAACAAGAAAUCCCCAAGGACAAGCCCGUAGCGCAGAAGAAGAAGAAGUUGAAGCCAAAUCUUGCCGCCGUUGCGCCACCGGAACAACCACCGGCUGAACCGACGGUUCAGCAAAGCUCCGAGGAGGUCGUCGUAAAGAAGAAGAAGCUGCGACCAAACUUUGGCACAAAGUCGAAGCAACAGCACGUCGAGGUUGCGGCGCCAGCCGUAGACGACGACGGGGAGAGCAGACUGAACGAGGAAGAACCGGUCAAGCAGAAGAAAAAACAGUCGCGAAAGAGUUUGGACGGAAAACCCGUGGAGCAGCCGAAGGCGGUCGAGCCCGAAGUUCAGCUGAAGGAGUUCCAGGUGAAGGUGGCCAAAAUGGCCGUAACUCCGGCGGCGGUGAGCAUGAGUCCGGCCUCGAAGGCGAUUCUGCAGCGGGAAAAAAGCGGCGUCGAGCCCAGUCCGUCGGCGGCUCGCAAGCUCUUUGACGAGCCUGAGGUUCAAGAAGUUACGAAGAAGUCGCGCAAGACGGAGAAGCAGCAGCGCGCCAACGAAGACUUGCGACACCACAAGCGGAAAGAAGCCAAGCGGGCGAAGGUAACGGUCAACGAUCCCAUUCCGAAGGUUCGGAUAUCGGCCGAGAAGGAUGGAAUCUACAGGAUUACCACGCCGGGUCGAGAGGUGGAUCCCGCCCAGGAAAGUUUUGUGGAGCGACUGAACGUGACGGAGUCGGAUGCCGGCGUAAGCGUCCGAACGAGCUUGGAAGACUGCCCGGACGAGUUCCUUGGGUUCGAGGACGGCGAAGAUACGGUUGCCGACAUAACGAUUGAUUUAUCCCGUAGCAACAUGGAGCUGAUCAUCCCGCUGGAAAAGGCAAUAAUUCCAAAAGGCGUCAAGACCCCGCCUGGCUUCAGAAGAAGCCGCAAACCUCAGCGGCAACCAAGAAGUCCGGCUGCCACGAAGAGCAAGAAGUCACGCGAACCGAAACCACCCAGGCGUAUCUCCGGCAGCACGUCUGAACCCGCGCCGCAGGCCACAUCUCCGGAACGACCCGCCGCAGCGACCGGCCAGCAGCUCGACAACCGUUCGUUGCCGCUCAAGAAGCGGAAAUCGCGGGACAGCUCCCAGGAGUACCUGCCGUCGGCGCCCGAAGAAGGGGAACCUUCGUCGCCGCCGCCGGUUUUCGCCGUACCGGCGCCCGUUGACCUGAACAAUUCGCUGCUGAUUCCGGUGCUGCAGCGAGUGCCGAUCGCGGACAAGUACCUGGUGCGGUCAACGCCCGACCGGGGCACCGACAGCACCACCGAGUACGACACGGACGAUACCUGCGCCACCGGCGAUAACGUGCUGAUUGUGCGCAAGGACACGUCCCGGUUGGACCAGUCCCGGCUUUCAAUACCGGAAGAGGAGGAGGAAGAACAGCCCGAGGUAGCGGGAAGUGAUGGGAAGCGAAUCAAGAACAGGCGAUCGAGCAUUGCGUUGCCCCGAUUCUACGGCGAUAACACGUUCGACAUUACGUGGAAGCCAAGGCAAAAGUCCUCCGGCGGUUCCCGCAAGAACAAACGCCGGCAUGACAAUGACAGUGGCAUCGAGGAGGAGGACAAUGGCGUGGUACGACGCAGCAAACGUACCUGCCGCAUCUCGAAGCAAAUACUCAUGACCAACCCGAUGAUCAAGUCGGCGUACGACCGGCCCAACUAUCGGCCCAUGUCGGUCGAGCAGCUGAUGGAGGCGGAAAAGCUGGCCAAGAAGCUGAAGCAGGAGGAGAGGGCCAAACGGCAAUACCGCAAGCCGCCGGGCAGACCCCGCAAGCCUAGCCAAUCUCCGCGUGGCCGCAAACGGAUACAGGAGCGGACGGAAACGCAGGAAGAUCAGCAGCAGGCCAAGCGGAAUCGAAUUGAGGAGGCGACGGCGUUGCCGGAUGUGCAGCAGCCCUCAACAUCAUCAGCAGCAACAUCGUCCUCCUCCUCCGGAACCGAGCCCGGCGUGGCCGAGGUGGCCGCCCAGGUCGACGAGGAGGCCGCCACCGUGGCGCAGGAGCGCCUGCAAGCGCAAAGCUGGAUGAUGAAGCUAAUGGCGGAGAACAGCGGCCGCGAGGAGGUCAUGCCGCAGGCCACCUCCUCCGGCGACCGGAUGCACUUCCAGCUGGACCACCUAACGUUCCAGGAGCGCAACGGCAUCCAGUACUCGUUCUUCAUCUACUCCGAGACGGAGAACUUUGGUUUUCUGCGGUUCGCGCCGGCCGCCGUCAAGAAGUGGACCAAGACGGCCGACUUUCUACUGAAAUUCCUGGUUCUGCACGGACAGCUCUCGUUCCAAAUCAACGGCAAGGAAACGGUCACCAAGGGAGGUGACUUCCUGAUGCUGCCUCAAAACACCCGGUACCGCAUACAGAACAGCGACGAAAUUUCCCUCGUCUUUAUGAUCAAGUUCCGGGCGGCCGCGAACGAGCUGCCGUCGAUGUAAUUCACCCAAACCAACCCCCCCCAACACACACUCACCAGUGCAGUGCGUCGUCACACAGCGAUAUGGAAAAAUUUAAGUUAUGAUUGUUUUAUUUUUUUCCUCCUCUCCCCUCCGCUUUCCUUAUCUUUUGUACGCCCUUAUUUUUUUUUCGCUGUUUAAUAAUGAGCUGUCCUGCAAGAUGAAACAAAAAUAAGAAAAUGAGAAAAAGAGAAGUAAACUAGUUUUAGUACAAGUGUUGUAUAAGAGAAAGUAUAGUAGUAACUAAACGCAUUAUUCAAAAUAUUACACUAUUUUACAUGGAAUAGCUGACAUGUCA